UAUAAAGUGAAUGGAUAGAGAGCGCUGUUCUCGACACUCUUGCGCUCCACCAUGAUCCGGGUCCUCUUCGCUGCUCUUGCGUUGGCCUCUGCGGCUUUGGGAUGUGGGGUCCCAGCCUACCAGCCCAACCUGUCUAGAGUUGUGGGGGGAGAAGCUGUCAGACCCAACAGUUGGCCCUGGCAGGCCUCUCUCCAGUACAGUUCCAGUGGCAACUGGCGUCACACAUGCGGGGGGACCCUCAUAGCUACCAACUGGGUCAUGACAGCAGCUCACUGCAUCAGCUCUUCUCGGACCUACCGUGUGGUGCUCGGGAAGUAUGAUCUGACAGCCAGCGAGACAGGAUCCCUCACAGCGUCCCCGCAAAAGAUCGUGGUGCACCCCAAAUGGGACUCGAGCAAGGUUUCCAAUGGGAACGACAUUGCGUUGAUCAAACUCUCACAGCACGUCACCCCAAGUGACAAAAUCCAGCCGGCGUGCCUGCCCCCAGCCAACAAGAUCUUACCUGGGAACUCUGCUUGUUACGUGACGGGCUGGGGAAGGCUGCAAACAAAUGGUGCAUCCCCCAAAAUACUCCAGCAAGGCCGUCUGCUUGUGGUGAAUCAUGCGACCUGCUCCCAAUCCAGCUGGUGGGGCAACACAGUAAAAACCAGUAUGGUCUGCGCAGGCGGCGAUGGCAUCAUAUCUAGCUGCAAUGGGGACUCCGGCGGUCCACUCAACUGCAAAAAUGGUAGCAAAUGGGAGGUGCACGGAGUGGUCAGUUUCGGCUCUUCUCUGGGAUGCAACUACUACCGCAAGCCUUCCGUUUUCACUCGAGUCUCCGCUUUCGAUGACUGGAUCGCUCAGGUGAUGCAAAGCUAUUAACCCACAGAGCGCUGUGCAACAGUGAAAUCCGGUUGGUGACAUCGUCAACAAUAAAACCAGCUGUGGAACAAACAAAA